UUUUUACUCAUUUCUUGAGUACUAAGUACGCUGUAUCAUCAAAUAGCUCUGCGUAUUGCGGGGGACGGCUGAAAAAGUGUAUGCAGUAACCGAGCAAAGCCGAAAAAUCCAAACCGAGCCAGUUUUCCAGUGACGGCCGAUUCAUGCAAUUCGCGUUGUGUUGUGUUUUGUGAGCUCAACUAAUCAAGAAACUGGAAAUUCAGAUUGCUUUGCGGAGCACAAAUGUAGUGUCCCAAUGGGCGAACGAAGAUGAUGAAUCAUAGAUCUUCCCUGCUGCUGAAUGUUGUGUUUUCUGCGGUUGUGUGCACCUUGCUUGCGUGUGUGGUCCGCAAUAAUUGAGGGAGUGUUUUGAAGCGAACGCGUAGAACGCUGUUCCGAAGCAACAGAAAAUUUGUCGCCGGAUUCGUUGGGCGGAAUAAAACAUACGGGAAGACCUCAGAAGUGCUUCGGAUUUGGAUUGGGUUCAUAGUUUCCUCUGGAAUCGUCCCUUGUUACUGAGGUGUCGUGAACGAAUCCAACCAAAAAAAAUCGAUCUAAGAGCGCUGGAACGAGUGGGAGCUACGCGGAUAAGCGACGUUAGAUAAAGAUAUAUUUGUGGAAAAUUGUGUUGGUUCGCAAAGGCUAAGAAAAAAGGAAAUACAGCUGCUUGUUUCAACCAGAUCCCCAUCAGUAUGACUUCAUUCUUCAACGUGAGUGCCCUUGGGGGCAAUCCUUUCUCGACACCAGUUGGGCAGAGGAUUGAGCAAGCAACCGACGCGAGUUUAGCUUCGGAGAACUGGGCUCUCAACAUGGAAAUUUGCGAUCUAAUCAACGAAUCGUCGGAUGGCGCACGGGACGCGAUGAAGGCGAUCCGCAAGCGGCUGGUGCAAAACGCCGGCAAAAACUAUACCGUCAUCAUGUACACACUGACCGUGCUGGAAACGUGUGUGAAGAAUUGUGGUAAAGCAUUCCACGUGCUGGUGGCUCACAAGGAAUUCAUCCAGGAGCUGGUGAAACUAAUUGGACCGAAGAACGAUCCACCUCCCAUCGUACAGGAGAAGGUGUUGAGUUUGAUUCAGGUUUGGGCGGACGCUUUUCGUUCCCAGCCGGACCUGAAUGGGGUCGUUCUGGUUUACCAGGAACUGAAGAACAAGGGCAUCGAGUUUCCAACCACAGAUCUCGACUCGCUGGCACCGAUUUAUACGCCACAACGGAGUGUACCAGACGGAGCGGCGACUGAGGCCAACAUAUCUAUUUCACCCCAUCACGCGUCCCAAACGCCUGGAUCGCCUGCCAUGCCACCGCCGUCUACAAUGUCACAGGAGGCGAUAGCGAAGCUCCAGUCAGAGUUGGAUAUAGUCACGAUGAACAUGACCGUACUGGGUGAUAUGCUGACAGAGCUAAAACCUGGAUUGGAAAAUCCCUCCGAUUAUCAGCUUCUGUCAGAGCUGGUGGUAACGUGUCGAGAAAUGCAAUGCCGCAUCGUCGAGUUGAUAGGCAAGGUGAAUCACGACGAACUGACGGCGGAGUUGCUGCGGCUCAACGAUGAGCUCAACAAUCUUUUUCUCCGGCACGCUCGGUUCGAGAAGAAUCGUGAUCCUAAGACGGCCAACUCGACCACACCGUCGGCAAUUUUGGGUGCGGCUAUGGGUGUGCCUCCGGGUGGAGACGCAGCCCAACCAAUACCGGCCGACAAGAAGGACUCCCUGAUCGAUCUGAGUGACGAAGCUAGCGGUGGCGGUACAAACCUGAGCAACCAGUUAGCAGGACUAAAACUCGGUCCGACAGUUACCACUACCUCUCAGUUGUCCCAAUUGAACAGCGUGUCGGCGCAGUCGGGUGCGGCGAAUAGUACCCCCAACAAAUUUAUCCCACCGGAUGUGGUUUCCGACGAGUUUGAUAUGUUUGCACAAUCCCGAAACACCACGGGGGAUAAUGCAAAGGAUACCGCAAAGUUGGAUUUAGUUGGACAGACCAAAUCGACACCAUUGGUAGGUAGUAUGUGUGGUUAUCUUGGGUUCAUGUUUCGUGGAUAUGUCUUGUAGAAGGUUUUUUUUUGUUAUUCGGAAUAUAAGUGAUUUAAAUGUUGUUGAAAGUCCAUAGGAAAUCAAAGACUCCAGCUGGUGUAUAAAUAUUUCUAAAAGGGGCAUGGUAGAUCGAUAGCUUUUCUGUACAAAACUGUGGUGAACACAAUGCAUUCAGAGAGAAGUGAUUGUAAUCUGUACCUAUAGUGAGUCCUAUUUUCGUGUUUCACACAGUAGGAGUAUAGGAAUCAAAUUAUAAUUUCUCUAGAUGGUUUUACCAAAUGUAUCGCUUACACAAUCUUCCAUUUCUCAGAAAGAGUAUACGGCAUUUUUUUUUAAUAUAUAUUUUUGGUUGUUUUGUUGUAGUUUCCCAAAUGUAUGAGCAAAUUUAUUGUUUGAAAACUCUUGUCGGGUAAAUUCAUCAAAUUAAAAUACCGUCUGUCUGAUCUGCCCAUGUUUGUAUAGGAGACGUAAGCGACAAAAUGAGCAAAAUCGACUAUUUCGACGUUAUGCAUUCUACGCAAUGUAAUACGUUUGCUCAACAUGCAGCAAACAUUUUUUGUUUGAAAACAUUUGAGCAAUUCUGAAAAAAUGUUCUUGAAAAAUCACUGUUUGUAUGCAUAACGGACGUAGUUCCAUACAGUAGUUCCAUCGUUCGAAAAUCAACAAUUAUCAGUAUUAUGUGCUUUAAGCUAAAUCCGCAUUUGAAUCGCAUUCUUUGUAGAGUCCAAAUGUGCCUUUCAUGAUAGUGUCUUAUAAAUUAGUGUUUCCUAAUAGAUAAGAAACCAUUGAAAUGCUGCUCAUAUAAUUGCUAUUUUCUGUAUACUGCACUGCGAUGAACGAAGAGAAGCAACUGUGUUUUUUAAUGUUAUAAUUAAUUACCUAAACCUCUGCCUUUGAAUCUUUAAGUAGAUAAUUAAACAAUCAGUAGUAAAAUUAAAAUAAUAUUGUUUCUUAUGGUGCUGCCCCACGGCGCAUGAAAUUUAUGAUAUAGUUCUCUAUAACAAAGACGUGAUAGUCAUAGUUCUAUGAGAUUUCGGAAACAAUUUUGGAAAGUUUGAGCUAUGACAUAAUAGAAGCUAUGUAGUAGAAAACUAUCGUUUAGUACUAUGAUUUAGAGUUUUUUGGUGUACAAACGAUUAAUUUUUGUUUUUCUGUAUUGUUUGGUUGACAGCCAUAAAUAAUUCAACCUAUUUUUGUGAGUGUCAUCACAGAAAUACUUUUAUCAGAACAUAAACAUGGACAUACAUUUUAAACAGAACAAGAAAAAAAUCGCGGCAGUUCUGACAUACAUACUUCUCCUCAUUCUGAUAAUCAUUGUUUUUGGGUUUAUCAUUCUGAAAGAGAAACAAGAUUUUUAGUUUUUUUUUAAUUUGGAAGGAUCAUUGAUUCAGGGGAGUUUUAAGAAUUUUGAAAAGUCUCGAUAAGUAAUAAUGUGCUAUUGGUAACAUCAAAGAUUGCUCUUUCAGCACUAAAACAGUUCAAACAAAAAUACUUCAAUUUAAUCACUGUGAAACUGAUAUUCCGUGAAGAACUGGAUAGCGAUUUGAAUAUUUCUUCUGAUAUUAUAUAGGUUGCUAUCGAUUUUGUCCUAGUAAUGGUUAAAAGAUAAAAAACGAGAGCAAAAAAACCUUGCUACGACAUCAUAUUGAUCGGCUGAUGUUGUACAAAUAAACGAGUUAACAUUUUAAAAAAUCAAAAUGAUAACUCAUUUUUUCAACAGACUGUGCACUCAAUUGGAUAUCUGUUGAGCACAAAAUAAAUCUUCUUCUUGGUAUUGUCAUGUGCUACGUAAUUGAAAAUCGAGUUUUCUCAACACGUUCUAUGCUUAAAUCCGGAAUAAAGUUAUUUACCCUACUCACCAGUGAGUCAAAUUCUCCCGAUCCCGAUUUUCCUCGGACCAGAAACUGUAAUGCAGAAUAAUAUAUUAAUUUGGAUAUAUACAACUCGCUGCUACUAGCACCGCUCUUUCCACCUUUGCGCACUUGAGUAUACUCUCCUAAAAUCAAUUAAGGUUAUUGAACAUUAAAAAAGUAAUAAUUUUUUUAUUUUUUAAUGAUUUUACCUGAAAACUACGCCUUUAAACCGUUGAUGGUUCUUCUGACCGUCUGACGUGCCAUCACUGGAAUCAAACAAAACCGCAGACAACAAAAACAGCCAUCUGUCAAUUGACAGGGUCAUUGUAAGCUCCGUUCCAGCUCAUCUGAGGGACCCCGAGUGUAAAAGUUGCCCAAUACGCAAACUCGGUUGAGCGAAGGAAUCAACCUUUCUAAGUCUGGAUUGGCAAUUUACAAAGUUGAAGUAGAAGAAAAGCGUCACGAGAAAUAACCUAUUCCUGGAAUAAACUGAAUUGUCUGCCUUCGCACUAAUUCCCUACGGAACGAGCCACGAACGGAAGCUAAUCAGACUUAUUCCUUUCAAUAAAUUGAACUGACUGCCUUCGCACUAAUUCCGUACGGAACGAGCAACGAACGGGAGCUGAUCAAAAUAUCGAGCAUCAACUAAGCGGGAGGAUCAACGAGUACAAGAUCUUCACGAACUCCGAGCGCAAAUUAUACAACUAUUGCUGCGAACGUUGGAAGACUUGAAUCUGAAGAACUCUCGUCAGUCGAUUCAAUGGAGGUGGUUUCGGACUACUUAAUCGUAAGACACGAUUCCAAAGACUACUUGCUUUAUUCAGAGAACCUUGGGUUUUUAUACAAUUUUAGUUUAUCCUAAAUCUACCCUAAAUUUAAGUCUAACGUGCGAAAGAAAGAGAAGACUAUAAACGUCCUUGCUUCUUUUCAUACAAGUCCUUUACCUAUCGCUAUCUGUAUUUCAAAACAUACGAUAUCCAUAACUGCAUUCUAAGAGCAACGGAGCCUAACGCGAUAAGAAAUGUGUGCGAUUGUUUUCGGUUCCUUUCCUUUCUACUAGGUUUUAUUGCACCAGGUUUUAUUGCACCCGCUCCCGAUAGGAUUGUUAUUUUAGGAUCUUACACACGGUUCGCUCUUAUCGUAUAGUGUUUUUCUUCUGUCCUUCUUUCGAUCGUUUACGAUAUUGAAAUUAAAUUGCUAAAUUCUUUCGAUUUCUUACAUUUCCCCUUCCGUAAAUCUACCUGCUCGAAUUUACACUUCAAAGAAUUAGCAAUUGUAUAAGUAUUCAGUUGUUUUUUUUUUUUUAUAAAUUUUUGUUAGCUAUUAUCUAAUUCACUUUUAAUUAUUUUAAUUCACUAAUUCACAUUAUUUAUACUCUUGGUAAAAUUCGUCCACAAAUGGGUUGUGUUGUCGUAUCUUCCAUAGGUAUUGCCGUCUCCCUAGUCGUAGCAAUAUUGAUGUCAUCAGAUGGUUCAGUCUUCCUUGAAUUGAUUGAUGUUUCACGUAAAUGUCGUACUGCAUUCCGGUGAGAAAGAAACGUUGUGAGUGAAUCCCAGCAAGAUGCCAUCAAUUGCCAGCCGAAUCCAUAUAUGUCGUAUAGAAUUCUGCCGUGCAUGAUUGUAUCGACGAUAAACUUUAUCAUCCUGCCCAUCAUAUAUAGACCAAUCGCCGUUGAUGUGAUGUUUCCGAGCCAUGUAGACCAAGACAUAAGCCGCAUCCAAUACCUUGUUAUUGCAUCGUCGAUUACAUCUCCAGAUACUAAGGCUCCGAAGUUGAAUCCUUGAUCAUUGGGUCGUUGUCCAAUCAGCACCUUGUGUAUUACAUUCGUUGCCACUCUACGAUCUCCUUGUUCAUAAAUCAUAUCCCUCAUCUUUUUAAGAUUGUCUGCAUCAUAGACACCACUUUGCAUUAGAUUUGGAAGAGGUGUGUAGGACCAUGUUGUAACUAUGUCCGACACUAAUUUCUCUGGUGGAGUUGUUUCACGUAAUCGUCCAUCAGUUGUAUACCAUUUUCCUCCGAACAUGAAUUUUGCUGGUAUUAAAGGUGUGCAAUCUAUUUCAAUCCCGCGGUUCUGGAGUAUUCUUGUCACAGGUGCCAAAAACAUCGACCUGUUGUUAAAUUCAACUGGAAUUUCUUGGAAGCAUCGCGCUUCGGAUCUUGGCGUAACAAAUACUGGUUUGCAUUCAAUAACAUGAAGCACUUCCCCAGCAACAACUGCUGUAUAUCCUGACCUCUUCAUUAUGCUCGAUACAAACUCCGUUGGAUUGAUUCUUGCUAAUGUCAAUUUAGUUUCCAGUAGAGCCUUAUCUAGUUUGCACAUCUCUGUCAUAACCGAAUUGUAUACGUCGUCUAAUUUCUGACCAAUGUAGUUUUCGACGAAUGUUAUUUUCGAAUUGAAGUAAGUAAAUAGAUCAUUAUUUGAACCUGACGUAGGUUUUCUAACAAAUGGCGAUCUCAUGUUGGAUAACUCCAAAACUAAUAUUCUGGGAUGGUCUGUUUUAAACCCAACGUGUCCACAUAUAUAUGUCCUUGCUGUAGUUUUUAUCGAAAAUAAAUGUCGUUCCGAUAUUGUGCUGUACACUACAACCUCUCCAAUGGUUUUCAUUUGGUUAUUCGUUGUUUUGUUGACAACUCCUUCAAAAAUAACUUCAAACUCGCUUUCUUCACAUCUACGGUUCAUGUCGAUGUCCCAAGUUAGAUAGCCUUCUUCAGCGUCCAAACAACGUCCAUGUGUGUAUGUACACGUUAAACCUCCUUUCAACAUUAUCUGGCUACUUUCAAUGUCUACAGAGGCGACAUAAUCUUGAAGUGUAAUCGUAUAUUCAUAAUAUACUAAGGCGUUUGUCCACGUGUAUAACGGCGUUUUGUACACUCCUCCACUGCAGGAACUGCCAGUUAUUGAUCCUACCACCAAUACUUGACCUCUAUUUGUGCUGUUGAGAUUCAAUUCCUGAAUAACAGUGUUAUCGGCUAGUGUAACUGCUCCACUAUAGUGAGCUUUUCGACAUUCCUCGGAUGAAAACUCCUUCACGAUGUAGGCAAAGCCGUGUUGAUAAUCAGAAGUGUGGGAGUGCAUACCACAGUGUCGAAUCGACCUCUUGAUGAUGACUUUACAUUGAAAUACCUUUGUUUGAAUUUUCGAAUUUCUUUGUAACAUUUGUAUCCGAAGUUCCGUUGUUGUCAGGUUAGUUGUUGGCGGUAAGCAAGAUGCCACAUCCAACAAAGAAUAUGAAGUCAUAUUUACAUCUGCAUUGGCACAGUCGUAUGCGAUCAAUCCAUGAGAUGUUGAGCCUAGUACACUGCAUCCCACGAAUAACAUUGCAGCAAUCAACAGUUGCAUGAGCGUUAACCGGUUAACUGUAUCUGAUUUCCAUCUUAUUUUCCUUCUAGAUUCGCCUUUUUGAGAGUAAUCCGAUUGUACCAAAACUUUUGAAGUUUCCGCUGUUAAUACAGUUGUAGUACAAGGAUUGAUUCGUCGUUUCUUUUUCUUCGGCUCAAAUUUCUCACAAUUCACACUGCUGUUUCUUUCAAUAACUUGAUGGAGUGCGGUAAAUGAGGUGUUCAUUUUGUUUACUUCUUUAGACGUUAUGUCUUUCAGAGCGGCAUCCUUGCGUAUAUUCAAUACUGCUAGCUUAUGUGCUGCUCGUUUAAAGGUCCCUUUGGGUGUUUUAACGAACGCUGUACGUACUUGGCCGUCUUUUCCUUUUAUAACUCCAGUUACUCGUCCUCUCAACCAUAGGCCCCAACGUAUAGUACUGUCUGUUAUCAAUACUAUGUCGUCUAUUUCAAUGGGCUGAACUUUAUGCGUCCAUUUUUGUCGCGAUAUUAAUGUUGGUAUAUAUUGUUUCUUGAAUCGAUCCCAAAACUGUUGACUGUAGUGGUUCACUAGUUCCCAUUGAACUCGAGUGAGGUUGUUGCUGUCCAAAUUUUGAGGUGGAACGUAUUCACCUGCCCGUCCAAUUAGGAAAUGGAACGGUGUUAGAGCCUCUUCCACAUCAUUAUUGCACGGUAUGUGUGUUAGUGGGCGACAGUUUAAGAUAAACUCUACUUGUAUUAGAGCUGCUCGUAACGUUUCAGGAUAAGGUGUCCGACUACAACCUAUCAUAUAAUAUAAAUUGUCUUUAAUAGUUCUGAUGAGUCGCUCCCAAACUCCUCCAAAGUGCGGUGAUGCUGGUGGGUUAAAGGUCCAUUCUAUCUUCAGUUUUACAGCUUCAGAUUUCGACAUCCUUUCGUCGAUUUCGUGGAUUAGUUUGUUUAGUUGUUUUUCAGCUCCAACAAAAUUUGUGCCAUUAUCGCUGUAUACAUGUUUGAUCUUUCCACGGCGGUUUUGAAAGUUUUUAAAACACAUUAGGAAGUGAUCUGUAUCUAACUUCUCAGCCAUUUCAAUAUGCACGGCUCUCGUAGUCAUGCAUGUAAAGAGCACGCCCCAUCUUUUCUCUAUUGAUCGUCUUACCAAUACUUCAAAAGGACCGAAGUAGUCCACUCCAGUAUUCGUGAAUGUAUGAGCAUACAAAUCUACUCUAGCUGCCGGUAAUGGUGCCAUUUGAGGUGGCAAAGGUUUAGCUUUCAUUAUAAUGCAUUUAGAGCAGUCCGUUUUUAUUUUGUUGAGAACUGUACGCAUGUGUGGUAUAUAAUACCGUAAUUGUAAUGCUCCAAGUACUACGUUAUCCGAACGAUGAAAGUAUUUUUGAUGAUAUUCAGCAACGAUCAAACGUGUUCCAUGGUCUUCAGCAGGUAAAAUCACAGGAUGUAUUGUAUUCAUUUGCAAUUUAGUUGCAUUUUCGAGACGACCUCCAACUCUCAUUACGUUAUAUUCAUCUAGUAUUGGAGUAACCGCUGAUAACUGUUUAUUUCUAAUAUCAACAUAACCGUUUAAUUCAAUGUCAUGAAUUUCCUUAGCGAAAUGUGUCAUUUGUAUUUUACGAAACACAACUCUUUCUGCAAUUUUUCGAUCCUCAUAUGUUAUAUUGCGAUUAAAAUUAGAUUGUAUAUUCAAUCGUUGGUUUUUCUUGUAUUGCAGCCAAUCAACAUAUUUUUUCACAACACAUACAUGGUGUAUCAACACAUUCCAACUGGAGUAUCGUUUGAUUCCGAUGAAUAUAGAACUUGUUUGGUGCAAUCCCACUACUUGUCUCAACUCUUCCGUUGACUCCUUAAUCUUCCUGUUAGGAUAUUCGAUCACUGGCUUCUUAAGGAAUUGAGGUCCUUUUGUCCAUAUAGAUUGCCCUUUGAAAUCUUUUGUAGCUUCGUCGGCGGGAUUUAAUUCAGACGGUAUAUAACGCCAUUGCUGUAUAUUGGUUGUAUCUAAAACCUCAACAACUCGAUGAGUGACGAAUAUUUUAUAUCUUCUAUUCUUCGGUUGUAACCAUGACAAAACAUUUUCCGAGUCUGUCCAGUAGGUAAUACUAUCUAUUUUAAUUCGUUGCUCGUUCUGAAUGGUAUUUGUCAAUCUGGUUCCUAGUAAGGCUGCUUGUAGUUCCAUUUUUGGAAUAGACAACUGAUGAAUAGGUCCGACUUUUGCCUUUGCUGCCAAUAAUCGUAUAUAAACCGAGCCGUUUGCAAUACAACGUAAGUAUAUAACUGCAGCGUAUGCUCGUUCAGAUGCAUCUACGAAUGUAUGUAGCUCCAAUUUUCCUGCUCCAUCCGGUAUUAUACACCUGGGUAUUUUUACGUUAGAGGCUUGUUGAAUUUUCGCAAGCCAAUUUUGCCACUGUUUGCUCAAAUGUUUGGGUACUUCAUCAUCCCAGUCUAACUCGUCUUUGUGCAGCUCUUGAAGCAAAAUCUUUCCCAUUAUCGUAUAAUUUGAUAUCAAUCCUAAUGGAUCAUACAAACUCAUAACAAAUGCUAACACCUCUCUUUUCGUGGGUAAUCGUAGCGUUUGUCUUACUUCAUUGCUCAGCUUCUUCAACGAUAAUCGAUACCCGAUCAAAUCCAGUUUCGUGUUCCAAUAGACACCAAGAACUUUUUCAGCACAUGAAUCCUUAUCCUCUAUUACCUUAAUGUCGGUAGAUUGGAUCCGAUCGCUGGAUAAAUUGCUCAGUAAUUCCUUACUGUUCGAUAUAAAGUUUCGAAUGAAGAAUCCGCCAUGUUGGUGUAUAUCGAUGACGUCUUUGGUAAUAGCGGUUGCCUCUCGAAUGUUUGUAAAACUAUCCAGAUAGUCAUCCACAUAGUGUUGUUUUUCAAUUGCCAGGGCUGCUUUCGGUUUCGAUUCCAUAAAUGCUGCAGCGUUUUUAUUUUUCACUGCUUGCGCGCAUGAUGGUGAACAUGUCGAUCCAAAAAUCAUUACCUCCAUAAUGUAUACAUCAGGUUCUCGAUUGUUUUCACAAUCUCGCCAUAAAAAUCGUUGAGCAUGCUGAUCCUCCGGUUUUAUUUUGACUUGGUGGAACAUCUCUUGAAUAUCUCCACAAACUGCAAUACGUCCCUCUCUGAAUCGCAGCAAUACUCCAACGAGUGAUGUAGUAGCAUCAGGUCCAGACAAAAGAUUAGAGUUAAACGAUACGCCAUUUAUUUUUGAAGCUGCAUCAAAUACCAAUCUUGGUUUUGGAGGUAUUUUAUUCUGGUUGUGAACUAUAAAAUGCGGGAGAUAGUAUGUUCUCGGAACCGCGUUAAUUAGCUCUGAAUGUGCUAGUUUUCUAGCAUAUCCCUUUUUCACAUAAUCAGCGAAGGUAUUGAUAGCCCAAUCCUUCAAUUUUUCAUCUUGUUUCAAUUUAUUCUCCAUAAUCACCAAUCUCCGUAAGGCUGUAUGAUAGCUGUCCGGAAAUUGUACAUCUUUGGUUUUCCAUAGCAGACCGACCUCGUAACGGUUGUCUUUUAGCUUGAUGGUGUUGUCGAGAAUCUGUUGUGCUCUUUCUUCCUCUGGUGAUCUUGGCAGUUUUUCCACUAAUUUCACUCCAAAAUCGUCGAUUGAGAAGUAUCGCUGCAUCAUUUUGCUCAUCUCCUGUUCUUCCUGGAUGACCAUUGUAUAAUCUUGACGGUUUAUGUUAUACUCCUUUCCGUAUAUCACCCAUCCGAGUCGCGUUUUUACUGCCAUAGGACCAUUUCCUUUUACCGUUUUGAUGGCACUCAGUAAUUCGCUGUUGUCCAAUCCAAUUAACAAUGUAGGCUGAGCUUCCUUAUAAUCUUGAAGCGGAAUGUCCUUCAAGUAGGGAUAAUUCUUGGCAAUUUGUUCCAUGUCAACUGUUUGGAUAGGAAGAUUUAGAUCAUGCAUAGUCCGGGCCAUCACUGGUUUUCCUAUGCCCUUUAUCCAGAAUUUUACCCUCUUGCUUGAGCAGGAUUUUAAACAAUCCUGUGUCCAUUUUAAUGUAAGCGGGUCAACUUUUCCUUCCAACUCUAACAUGUUAGCCAUUCUCUCGUCCAAUAGUGUUACUGAUGAUCCUGUGUCCAGGAAGGCGUAGGUGUCUAUCAUUCUUUCGCCGUUUUGGACUGUUAUAGGAACUAUUUGAUAGUAAAGGUGUUCCUUGCGUUGUCGAUGAAUAUUCGUGGUUUCUUCGGGACCUCGUCGUACGUCAGCAGCCGUAUCCUGAUUUCUUUUAUACUCCGAUCUUUGAUGAAGUAAGCGAUUGUGCUCCUUGUUGCACCCAUCGAUUCCACAUAUUCCUUUCAUGCUACAAUUUCUCAUAAUGUGGUCAUUGGAGUUUAGGCACUUGAAACAAAUUCCUUUUUUAGCCAAAAACUCUCUACGUUCCAAUGUUUUCAUUUGUUUGAAAUUCUUACAUUGGAAUAGCCUAUGACUGGCUGAACAAAGUGCACAUUUCAUAGUUUGAUGAACAUUAACUCGAGGUUUCCUUUCCGUAGUCGACACACUGUUAUUAGACUUUUGCAUCAUACGGGCUAUUCUUGAAUGUGGCAAUAACCACUUAUUCAAAUCGUUGAGUGUUGGGAUCGAAGUGUUGCUUUGGAUCACUUCAACCCAUUUCACUUGUAUCGUGUAUGGCAGCUUCUCUAUGAUUUCCUCUAUUAAACGAUGAUCACGUAGAUAUUCCUUUUGGCCCAGCGCCUCCAUAUUCACCACCAUGUUAUCUAGUGCGUCUGAUAUAUCCGGAACUACGGUUCGGCUGUCCUUUUUGAUACGUCUCAGGUCGUUCAGAAGUUCUUUAUAUACAAGAUCCUUCCUUCCAAAGCAUUCUUCCAGCUUUUCGAUUAUUUUCGGAACAUUCUCUGAGUUAAUCAUCAAUUGUUGGACGGUUUUAUACGCGUCCCCUUUCAGAACUUGUUCCAGGCGGUUGAGGUUCUCUAAAUUUGAGAAACCUCCCUCUGCCGUUGUAUCAUGGAAUGUUUUCUUAAAUUUUGGCCAAUCCUUUGAUGCGCCAGAAAAUCUGGGUAGGGUCGUCAAUGAUUGCCUCUUUAAAUAUAUAGUCCAGUCACUAGACAUACUCACUGUUUGGGUAAAUGAUCGAUCCGUGGGCUGAUUUGUUACUUGGCCCGAGGAUGACGUUGAGCAUUGGCCUUUCAUAGUCGCCAUUAAUUUGUCCAUUGCAUCCAGUUGUUGUUUUAUCUGCUCAUCUUUCUUCCGAGCAGAUAUUUCCAAUGAUGCUAAUCUUUGUUGGAUCUGCACGCAUUUCGGGCAGAUCCAUUUUUCUUCCGCUGUCGGCGCGACCGUUAAGUUAACACAACCGAUGUGGAACCAUCGGUCACAAUCGUCGCAUUCAACCAUAUCCUGUUUAUGGUCUGGUUCCGAGCACAAACGGCAAUUUCCGUUUUGAUUUUCCACGAAACGUAUCAUGGUGUUGCUUUCAAGAUACUCAGCCGUUGAAAUAAUGUAUAAUUCUCAGGAUCCGUUUCCAGUUGUUUGUAAUUACACUUUGCUCACUUUUCAAGGCGUUGAGCCUUUUUAAGCUUUCUUAAGCUUGAGAGAUUUAUUUUCUCGCUUUCAGGUUAGCACACUUUCAGAAAGCUUUUUAAACUUUUAGUCCUGUUGGAAUUCUUUAUCCAACUUAUUCACUUCAAGGUGAUUUGCACUUUCACAAGGCCUUUUAAACUUUUAGUCCUGUUGGAUUUGUUUAUCCAACUUGCUCACUCUUAUGGCGUUGAGCACGCGCAUAAGCUUCUAUUAAGCUUUUAAUCCUGUUGGGUUCUCUAUCCAACUGGCCCUUUGCUCAUUCUUAUGGCGAUGAGCACGCACUUAUGAGUUCGUUGGUAAUGAAAGGCUCCUCCUCUCUGGAGCCACCAAAUGUAAAAGUUGCCCAAUACGCAAACUCGGUUGAGCGAAGGAAUCAACCUUUCUGAGUCUGGAUUGGCAAUUUACAAAGUUGAAGUAGAAGAAAAGCGUCACGAGAAAUAACCUAUUCCUGGAAUAAACUGAAUUGUCUGCCUUCGCACUAAUUCCCUACGGAACGAGCCACGAACGGAAGCUGAUCAAAAUAUCGAGCAUCAACUAAGCGGGAGGAUCAACGAGUACAAGAUCUUCACGAACUCCGAGCGCAAAUUAUACAACUAUUGCUGCGAACGUUGGAAGACUUGAAUCUGAAGAACUCUCGUCAGUCGAUUCAAUGGAGGUGGUUUCGGACUACUUAAUCGUAAGACACGAUUCCAAAGACUACUUGCUUUAUUCAGAGAACCUUGGGUUUUUAUACAAUUUUAGUUUAUCCUAAAUCUACCCUAAAUUUAAGUCUAACGUGCGAAAGAAAGAGAAGACUAUAAACGUCCUUGCUUCUUUUCAUACAAGUCCUUUACCUAUCGCUAUCUGUAUUUCAAAACAUACGAUAUCCAUAACUGCAUUCUAAGAGCAACGGAGCCUAACGCGAUAAGAAAUGUGUGCGAUUGUUUUCGGUUCCUUUCCUUUCUACUAGGUUUUAUUGCACCAGGUUUUAUUGCACCCGCUCCCGAUAGGAUUGUUAUUUUAGGAUCUUACACACGGUUCGCUCUUAUCGUAUAGUGUUUUUCUUCUGUCCUUCUUUCGAUCGUUUACGAUAUUGAAAUUAAAUUGCUAAAUUCUUUCGAUUUCUUACACCGAGUUAUUUAACAAUGGACCAGCUCCCCACGAGUGACGCGAGUGGCUCUAUUUUGGGUAAACGGGAAAUGGUGGGCUACUGGAAAAUUGUGGGUGGCGUGGUUCUGUUUGAGUGUUAACGAGCAGCUUAUAACGACCCUGAGUAAUCCCGAGCCGCGGAGAAUUACAAGGUUACCGAUGAAGAGGGGAACAUGGCGAAAAUGUAAGAACUCAUAUAUUUCUGCUUCUUUCUACAAUUCUUUCUUCUGUGCUGUUCUCCCUCUUCUUCUAGUUUUGUUUCGUCCGAUGUUAUCGCAACUUUUCAAUCGACCACCGCGGAUUGAAAAGUUGCGGUUUUAAAUUGAUGAUUGGAUUGAUUUUUUCUAUUAAUCCUUUCCCGUACAACAUCGAGCCUCUCUCGUGGUGUAUUUGCAUAACAUAUGACGCUAGAACGCUCGACAGAGUAGUGAAAUGAUGACAUCAUGACGUAUUAAAUAAUACGGGAAGGGGUUAGUGAGAUUUGAACUACAAGAUUCGAUCGCCUAUAGCCUUGAAAAAGGCCAAUCAGUGGAGGUCCUUGGAUUGAGCCCACGAUCGUUUCUGUCAACAAAAUUUCCUCCGACUUGCACUGUGGUCACACACAUUCCUAGAGCUUGCCACUCAGAAUGCAUUCAAGGCGUGUUAUUUGGCAAAGAAAUCUCAACAAAGUACUAAUAAAAAUGACUGCGUAGUUCCUUUAGGAACGUUGGUGCCACAUUUAAUUCUGUAAAAUUUUCUGAAAAAAUCUGUAUAUCUCUAUUUUUAGCAAGAAAAUCUGUAUCAAAAAACUAACGGAAAUAUGUAAGGAAAGGUUUAUUUUCAUUUUGAAUUUAUUUUAUUUUUCUAAUUCAUGGUUUGGUGAUGUCGUAUCAAUACAACAAAAUAAAUCAAAAAAGUGUUUCUCAUAUUAGGCUGUCAAAAAAGUCCUGCGGUAUUUCCGCGAGGUGUCGUUGUAAGCGCGUAGUUCUAGUUGUAUUCAUCGUAUCGAGUCAUACUAUAGCUUGUUGGAAAGGUAUUUUUGCGCGCUAUAAUACAGUCCUUGACAGUGUUUUGUUUGGUUAAGUCGUUCGUGAGUUAAAGUGUCGCAAAUAUGGAGCAAAAUAAAGAGAAAAUCCGACAAAUUUUACAGUACUACUAUGACAAAGGCAAAAAUGCAUCUCAAGCUGCCAAUAAAAUUUGUGCAGUUUAUGGACCCGAUACAGUUUCCAUUUCCACCGCACAACGAUGGUUUCAACGUUUUCGUUCUGGUGUAGAGGUCGUCGAAGAUGCGCCACGCUCCGGAAGGCCUGUCGUCGAAAAUUGCGACAAAAUCGCUGAAUUAGCCGAGAAAGACCGGCAUAAUAGCAGCCGUAGCAUCGGCCAAGAGCUGGGGAUAAGUCAUCAAACCGUUAUUAACCAUUUGAAGAAGCUUGGAUUCACAAAGAAGCUCGAUGUAUGGGUGCCACACACGUUGACGCAAAAAAACAUCUUUGACCGUAUCGACGCAUGUGAAUCGCUGCUGAAUCGCAACAAAAUCGACCCGUUUCUGAAGCGGAUGGUGACUGGCGAUGAAAAGUGGGUCACUUACGACAACGUGAAGCGCAAACGGUCGUGGUCGAAGCCCGCUGAAGCGGCUCAGACGGUGGCCAAGCCCUCAUUAACGGCCAGGAAGGUUCUGCUGUGUGUUUGGUGGGAUUGUCAAGGAAUAAUCUAUUAUGAGCUGCUUCCCUAUGGCCAAACGCUCAAUUCAGACCUGUACUGCCAACAACUGGACCGCUUGAAGGUAGCACUCAUGAAGAAGAGGCCAUCUUUGAUAAACAGAGGCCGUAUUGUCUUCCAUCAGGACAACGCCAGGCCACACACUUCUUUGGUGACGCGCCAGAAAAUCCGGGAGCUCGGAUGGGAGGUUCUUUUGCAUCCGCCGUAUAGUCCGGACCUUGCACCAAGUGACUACCACCUGUUUUUGUCCAUGGCGAACGAGCUAGGUAGUCAGAAGUUAGCCACAAAAGAGGCCUGUGGAAAUUGGCUAUCCGAGUUUUUUGCCAAUAAGGAAGCGAACUUCUAUAACAGGGGUAUUAUGAAGUUGGCAUCUCGUUGGGAACAAGUCAUCGAACAAAACGGCGCAUAUUUGACUUUAAACAGAUGAUUGUAACUAAUUUUAUGAACAAAUGAAAAUUCAAAAAAAAUACCGCAGAACUUUUUUGACAGCCUAAUAUAAAAUUGUAUGAGGUUUAUACAUGGUUUCGUUGAACUUUGUCUUCAAAUGUUUCGUCAAUUUCAUCCUUGACGCUCCUCUUUGAGCCGAUACAUAAUUCUACGCUUGCUAAAUAGAGUCCAUCAGUUAAAUUAUUCGAUUAUUUUAUUACUGGGUGGGUUGUCAGCACAAUUUGUGAACAGUUCGCCUUAGUACUUCUCAAAAAUUAUAUGAAUACAUAAACAAUAGUGCCAUCUGUGUAUCACUGUACGAACUUAUAAUAGAGAACACAUUGAACGGUAAAACCAAUUUCUGUAAAAACCAUUAAAAUGUUAUCCUUAUUUUGUGUGAAAAUAUCGUUCAUUGAAAAAAUAUUGUCUUAAAAAAAACUACGAAUAAAUAUCAUACUUUGAA